AUGGGUGUUCCAGCGCUUUUCAGAUGGCUUUCGCGUAAAUAUCCGAAAAUCAUCUCUCCGGUGAUUGAAGAAGAGCCUGUGAUUGUUGGGGAUAUCGAGCAGCCGAUCCAGUACUCGAAUCCGAACCCAAAUGGAGAACUAGAUAACCUGUAUUUGGACAUGAACGGUAUUGUCCAUCCUUGUUCGCAUCCGGAAAAUAAACCGCCUCCAGAAACAGAGGCCGACAUGAUGAUAGAGAUUUUCAGAUACACCGACCGUGUGCUGAAUAUGGCGCGUCCACGGAAGAUUUUGAUGAUCGCAGUGGAUGGUGUUGCUCCUCGUGCAAAAAUGAACCAGCAGCGGUCAAGACGGUUCCGUUCGGCCAGAGACGCCGCGAUUGCCCAGGAAGAGCGUGACAGACAGAUUCACGAAAAAGAGAUGCGUGGAGAGGAGAUCGAUAUGGCCAUCAAGGGCAAGAAGUCGUGGGACUCCAACUCCAUUACUCCUGGCACUCCGUUCAUGGAUAUUCUUGCACGGUCUUUGCGCUACUGGGUGGCCUACAAAUUGUCCACGGAUCCUGGAUGGGCUGGCUUGCAGGUUAUAAUCAGCGAUGCCACUGUUCCUGGAGAAGGCGAGCACAAGAUCAUGAAUUUCAUCAGAUCUCAGAGAUCUGACCCGGAAUACAACCCAAACACCACCCAUUGUAUUUACGGAUUGGACGCCGAUUUGAUUUUCUUGGGUCUCGCUACUCACGAGCCGCAUUUCCGUGUGCUUCGUGAAGAUGUUUUUGCGAAAGACCAGGCCCAGCGACAGCUUCGAAUCUCCGACCAGGUGAACAUGAGUGAGGAUACCAAGGAACGGCUCAAGGCUGCCGACCAGAAGAAACCGUUCUUGUGGCUUCAUGUGGGUGUUUUGCGUGAGUACCUCGAAGUGGAGCUGAAUAUCCCACGGCUAUCGUUCAACUUCGACCUUGAACGGGCCAUCGACGAUUGGGUGUUCAUGUGUUUCUUUGUUGGUAAUGAUUUCUUGCCGCAUCUGCCAUCGUUGGACGUUCGUGACAAUGGUAUCGACACUUUGGUUGAUAUUUGGAAGCGUGUGCUGCCAAACUUGAGAGACUACUUGACCUGUGACGGAAGACUGAAUUUGGACUCUGUUGAGACGGUGAUGGCCCAUUUAGCACAGAAAGAGGACGAGAUUUUUAGAAAACGGUACGAGGGAGAAAGACGUCGUGAGGAGAAUGACAAGCGGCGGAAACUUGAGCGUGAACAGACCAGCGUGAUGAAAAAUCAGCUGUUAAAGACAGUUACAAAGGGUAAGGAAAAGGCACCAAUAAUGCCUUCCCAAAACAUGACGUUGACGAAUCUGACCACUGGCCAGACUGCCGGUGGAUUGAAGAUGAGCAACAGCGAAAUCGUCCAGAAUAUCAGCACCAUUUCCAAGGCCAAUGCGGCAAACAAGAACGUGGCAGAUAUUUUGAAACAGGCCCUGUUCAACAACACUGAAACCAACGGUAAUGCUAGUGCUGUUAGCGUUGUCAAAGAAACCGAGACAGAAGAGCCGAUUGACGUUUCCGAGAAGAAACGGCCAGCGUCUGCUGCGUUUAAUUCCGACUCCGAACCGUCCGACGCGGAAGUGAUAGACACCACCGACUCGAUCAGACUUUGGGAGCCAGGCUACAGAAACAGAUACUACCAGGAAAAAUACGGGACAACCGACGAGGAAGAGCUGGCCAAGAUCAAACGAGGAAUGGUGCGAUCGUACGUUGAAGGUAUCUCGUGGGUGCUGUUGUACUAUUACCAAGGAUGUCCAUCAUGGAACUGGUAUUAUCCAUACCAUUAUGCUCCGUUUGCUGCUGAUUUCACCAAUCUGACCGACAUCAAGGUGGAGUUCAAACUGGGGACUCCCUUCAGACCGUACGAGCAGCUGAUGAGUGUGCUUCCUGCCGCCUCUGGCCACAAUCUGCCCGAGGUGUUCAGACCGUUGAUGUCUGAGCCAGAUUCAGAAAUUAUUGAUUUCUACCCUACCGAUUUCAAGAUCGACAUGAACGGAGCCAAGAUGGCCUGGCAGGGAAUUUGUUUGCUGCCGUUCAUCGACGAGAACCGGUUGCUGAAAACUGUGCGUGAGAAAUACUCCUCGUUGACGGAGUACGAGACCGAACGGAACACCAACAGAAACGAGGUGCUUUUCCUGGGACGCAAGAACAAAUUCUACGAGCAGUUCUUGAAACUGUACGAGACGCAGUCCAAGGAGGAGGCGUACGUUCAUGCUGGGAAGACAGGUCUGGCCGGAAAAGUGUUCACGACAGAGAAGUUUGACCCCAAGUCGGUGAUCAAGUUUGACCUGGGAGUCACCAGCGACGUUUUCACAGAUAUCCCGAACUCCACCUAUCUUGCGGUUGAGUACCGGAUGCCACCAAAGGUGAACAGCAAGUCGAUGUUGUUGAACGGGUAUCGGUCUCACUUGAAGGUUCUGACCCAACAGGACAAGGACCUGAUCACGUACACUUCCAACAAGUUCUACAGAAACAACCGCAAUUUCCAAACCAAGUUCGAUAUCGACUACAGACCGCACAUCGGGCCACAUGGCGAUACCAUCUACUCUUUGCGCGUGGGUGGAUACAAGAGCUUUAUCCAGAUGUACCAGGAACAGGCUCAAAGCCAGGCGUACCAGCCACCUCAGAACUACAACCAGAACCGCGGUGGCUACCAAAACCAAGGUUAUAACCGGUACCAGAACCAAGGCUAUAACAAUUACCAGAACCAAGGUUAUAACAACUACCAGAAUCAGGGAUACAACCAAAACCAAGGAUACAAUAACUACCAAAACCAAGGGUAUCAGCAGCGUAACGGACAGUACCACAAUGAGUUCCAAAGGUAUCCAAAUAGAAAUAAUGGCCGGUGGUAA